GCAUCAACUUUAUUUCCAUUUUUGCAGGGCGCCAAUUUUCCAAUCUCUCUCUCUGAAAUAACAAAUUUUUGCUCCGAUCGAGCUCCACAAAAAUGGCCAACAAUCCUUGAGUUUCUCGCAUUGCUUUUAGGUUACGUUGCCUGUUUGCCGGACGUAGAGUUGGUCCAAUCCCCUGCUUUCAUUUGAUUUUCUCUCGGUAGUUCGAAGGAGGAUUGUCAAUUCCACACGAUUUCAAAUGCCAGAUCAUCUGGAGAGCAUCCAAACGGUUAAUCUGUAUCUACUAAAGUAAUUAUUUCUGUUCAAGUCUCUCGAAUUCUGAAAGAUGUCUGCUAGAAAGUCGAGAGCUAAUGCGACAGAGAAGGUUUUGUCCAAUCAAGAACAGCAGGCCAGGAUAAAUGAAGUCAAAAAGUUCAUGGGUCCAAUUGCUCAUAAGCUUCCUGUUUUGUGCUCGGAUGCUUCUAUUCUGAGGUAUCUCAAAGCAAGAAACUGGAAUACAAAGAAGGCCAAUAAAAUGUUGAAGGAAACUUUAAAAUGGAGGCUAGAAUACAAGCCAGAGAAGAUAAGUUGGGAAGAUAUUGCUCAGGAGGCCAAGACGGGAAAAAUAUAUAGAGCUAAUUACACUGACAGACAAGGAAGGACUGUCCUUGUAAUGAGGCCAAGUAGUCAGAAUACGGAAUCAACAGCUGGACAGAUACGAUAUUUGGUUUACUGUAUGGAGCAUGCGAUCUUGAGUUCAAAUUCAACUGAUGGAUACAUCGUAUGGUUAAUUGAUUUUCAUGGCUGGAACACAUCUUGUCUUUCACUGAAGGUUACUCGAGAUACAGCUCACGUCCUUCAAAAUCAUUAUCCUGAACGAUUGGGCCUUGCUAUUCUCUACAACCCACCAAAGGUGUUUGAGUCCUUUUGGGUGAUGGUAAGACCAUUCCUAGAGUCAAAGACAUCCAAAAAAGUGAAGUUUGUGUAUUCCAACAACCCAGAGAGCCUAAAGAUAAUGGCAGACAACUUCGACGCUGACAAAUUGGAAACUUCAUUUGGUGGCAAAAACCCUAUUGGGUUUAACUAUGAAGAUUAUUCACAAAGAAUGAUGGAAGAUGACAAGAAAAUGACUCGUUUUAUUGACUCUGGAUGCUCUUCUCCAACUUACAAAGCUCUUUUAUCCAAAUCACAGCUGCUGGACUCGGCCGCAUCCGAUUUUGAUUCUCAGGCUUCUGACGACGAAAGCGACACCGACGAAAUGCCAUCAAAUUUGGGGCUUCCAGAUGACAAGCUACAAGAAGCCACUUCGGCGACGACAUCCGAUUCCAGAUGACGAACUACAACAACAUUGAUUCAAGUAAGCUGCUUCUUGCUCCUGACCGACUGCUCAUUAACCUUUAACAAUUAAUCAGCGGUCAGUUUGUUUUUUUCUUCUCCUCUUUUUAGUGUCAUUUCUUCUUGUUAGCCGUUCUUUCAUUUUUUGGUCUCUUAAAAGUUUUUUUAGUAUUCCCUUUUCUUGGUUAAAAUUGUGUACUUUUUCGAGUUUGGACAGAGAAAUGCUUAGGUGCAUCCCGUCUACACCUACCUUUGUGAGUUCUUCCACAUGCCUGACCAGAAAUUUGGCAAACUUUUCUUUUCUUAAAAAAAAGAAAGAAAGAAAGAAAGAAAGAAAGAAAGAAAAUAAUACAUUUUUUUUUUAUAAAAUUUUCCCUCUUUACUCAAUUCUUGAUAUUGCUUGUAACAUAACAUUUAUAAUAUAAAUAACAGAUUGGAAUAAUCUUUGAA